UUAAAUGAGGACAAUUGAAUUGGGCUCACACAUUGGAUCAAAUAUUAGUCUGGCAAACAACCAGCCCAAACUACAUACAAAACCAGUCUUAUCUUGGAAACCAGCAGAAAUGCCUCACGCCGUGGCGGUUCCGCCAUAUUUCCUCACCGUUCGGUGUGCGGCGGGAAACCCACCGAGCAAAAGAACCAACGCAAAGUCCAAGAAAACAAGAACCCAGAAAAGCGGCGGCCCUUCCUCCGUCGGCUUCGGCCCACGGUGGCAGUGCGUUGAGGGUUGCGGCGCGUGUUGCAAGCUCGACAAGGGUCCCUCCUUCGCCACCCCUGAAGAGAUUUUCGAAAACCCUUCUGAUAUUGAGCUGUAUAGAAGCCUAGUAGGUGCAGACGGUUGGUGUAUAAACUACAAUAAAUCUUCUCGAACAUGCUCCAUUUACGCCGAUCGGCCAUACUUUUGUCGUGUGGAGCCUGAAAUUUUCGAAACUUUGUAUGGAAUCAACAAGAAAAGGUUCGACAAGGAGGCAUGCAGUUGUUGUAGGGAUACAAUUAGAGACGUAUAUGGUUCCAAAUCAAAAGAGCUCGAGAACUUUAAUCAUGCAACAAGAAGCACAACUUCUGGUUAACUAUUUUGGUUAGCAAUUCUGUGAGUGCUCAAAGUCUCUUUCCUAACCAGUGUAAGUCUUUGAUAGGGAAGCCGAGGUUUCUUGGCUAUUGCUUCUGUGAGAUAAUGAGAUUCAUUUAUUGUUUUCUCAAGGUUCUGACAGAUGUUGCUUGUUGAAUUUCAGAAGAUGUAGAGUGUACUCUUUUGAUUUAUGUAUGGAUAGCCGUAUUCUAUGGGCCUAUGGCUCAAGAGUUUUACACA